GUAGCGCCAUCGAGGGCCAAGAGAACGACUUAGCUACACACACGUCACAACUCUUUUUACGGGGCGGACUUCAUUCACGCAUUUCAUUCACUCAUCCACAGAUCGUAAUUUAGACCUGAGUCAGAGAACAGUCACCCCUGAUCCAGUACCCCCAAUGGUAUUACUCUCGACAUGGAGAACUUUGUGACCACGACAGAUUUAUACGCGCGUCAGCCACCAAGCAUGCGGGGAAUCUUCGGCCGGCGGGGUUCGAACUCGCAACCCAAGGUCCUCGAGAUUUUCAUUAACCUCCACCUUUUAGAUCUCCUGAGUUCGAAAAACACAUUUUUGGAAAAUGUCCAUCUGUCUGUUUUGAUCUAAACAGAUGAAAUUUGGUAUACAUGCCUAAAACCAAAUUUCUAUCAAAUUUUAAGUAAAAUCUGUUCUAAGCCAUUUGUUUAGUUUUUCGAAUGUAAAUAACUGCAGAAAGAAGAGUUCUUAAUAGUUAAGAUUGGGUCCCCAGAUUUAACAUCUAUAAUGAAACACUUGUCAAAGUUUGAGACAAAACUAACAUUGUGUUAACUAUCUGUCAAUCUGUAUUUUCAGAAACAAGUUAAUGCGAUCAUUCAAAAACUCAAUGACUUAAGUAUGUCAAAUUCGAUAUGGGAUUUUGUGAUUACAGUUGCAGUUUUGUAUCAAAUAUCUGUUCCAAUUGAUUGAGAAAAAUGUGCCUAAAGCACAAAUUUCAUUUUCGGAUACUAUUAACCGGUUGCUAGGGAUUUAUUGCCAAAACACUCAUCAAGGAUGACACACAAGAUUUAGUAAAAAUGCUAAUUUCACGUCAAAAGUUAUAUAUUGAACAACAAUGUCAUACAAGGCGUUUUCUGGCAUGCCAAGUUUUUUAAAGAGUAUGCGAAAAAGUUUUGGGAAGACCAUUGGUUUAAAAAAGCCGUAUUUGCAUAACGAAUAAUGGCAUUUUUUGUUGUUUCAAAUAUUGUUAGUCCAUUAUAUAAUAACUGUGCAAUACAUUCCAAAAAUUAAUCGCAAAAAGAAUCAUUAACGGCCCUAUCAAACUGAUGAUUCCCAAUAUCUGUCAAUAGUCACUUUCUUAAUCUGAUCCCUCAACUUAUUUUUAACUCAUUUUGUAAUAACAACAAGAUUUGUUUGCCUCCAACAGUGUUUUUAGAGCCUUUUAAAAUAAAUCGAUAGCCUUAAAAUGCUCUUUGAUAAGUAUAUAUGCUUUCAACUCUAAGAUUGGAUAAGAUAUAAUAUCUAGAUUUUUAGAGCUAUCCUUUACCCUUACAUAGAAUUGAAAAGAAUGAUGCAGACUUAAAUUCUGACUUCAGAUUUGUUAUUCGCAAAGCUGAAUGAUGUUACUUUUUAUUUUGUGUGCCGUAGUGGGUGCCCUCCGGGAUGUCACUGGUGCACCAUUGGCUAGAAAGAUGGUGGACAUGUCUUACAGGUUUGAUGACACGACUUUGCAUUUUCCUGGAACUAAAGAAUUUGAAAUAAUUGUUGUAAGAAAUGGAACAAUGGAAGAAAAUGGGAUUUGGGUACAGUCAGAAGAAUAUUCAUCCUCAACUCAUGUUGGCACUCAUAUGGAUGCCCCUGCUCACUUCACGAAGGGUGGUCUCACUAUCGACCAGAUUCCUGUACACCGUUUCAUCGCACCGGCAGCCGUUAUAGAUAUCACCGCCAAAGCUCAACUUGACAGAGACGCAGAAGCGACUGUGGAAGACCUCUUACACUGGGAGUCCAUCACCGGUCAAACUCUGAACGAAACAAUUGUUCUCUUGAAAACAGGAUGGGGCAAAAAAUGGAACAAUCGAACAGAUUUCUUCGGCACGCCGGAAAACGAUGCCACCAAACUUCAUUUCCCUGGCUUGGCUCCAGACGCUGCAACGUGGUUGGUGGAAAACAGGAACAUCUAUGGCAUUGGUACAGAGACUCUGUCAUUUGAAAAGGGAGCUACAAGAACCUAUCCUGUACACCAAACCUUACUCGGCCAUGGAAUAUAUGGUCUGGAGAAUGUGGCCAACGUAGACAAGAUCCCAAUAUAUGGAGCUAAGCUUUAUGUGUUGCCUAUGAAAGUAGGAAGAGCAAGCGGCGCUCCAACACGAAUAAUCGCAACAUAUCCCAUUAUUUUAGAUCCUCCGUCAUCUUCAAAUUAAGUUUGCUUCGAAUAUUAAACAGCUUGAUGCCUACAAGCCAUUUAACAAGAAACAGGCUACCUCAGGUUUCACUUUUUUCCAACAGAACUGACCAUCAAACAUGAUUCACUUAUUUGUUAAGAUUCCCAUUAGAAUGUACUAUUCAUCUACUCCUGACCAUAAAAUAUAUAGCAUUCUUGACAUAUAUAUUUUCCCUACAUGCAUAAGUCGAUGCACCUUCCCGUCAGUGGGAGAUAUUUUUAUGGAAUAAAUCAAAGAUGGCAUUC